GGCCGCGGCUCGGAGGACCUCCCUGAGGCCAGGGGCCGAAGGGUGCAGAGAGAGAAGCCCGCCCUAGGGAGCCUGGGGGCCCCCCAACCUCGUCUUGGGGCUUGGCCCCCGACGCUGCUUGGAGGCAAGGCCGGCGCUCCCACCCUCGGGGGCUGCCCUCCUCCUACCCAGCUCCCUCCCCAGAGCCGGCCACAUCUGGAGCCCCACACAGCUGGAAGACCUGGGCCACCACCCUGCUGCAGGUGUCAAUUGCAUACAGAGACCCCUGCCUUUGCAACUGCUGAGGAGCUGGGAGGGGACACUGCUGCCUUCCCCCAUCCCAAGGGCAUCUCUUACCCUUAGUCCCUGCAGAGUCAUCCCCCUGCCUCUGUCCAGGCUGGGCCAGACACCAGCUCUGCUCACUCACAGGCACCUCAAAUCCUGGAGGCCUCUCCUGGGACCCAAGGCCCCUCCUCCUGCCCUCCUGUGUCCUCACCUUGACCCCCUCUGUCAGACUCUGAGAUCUCCCUCUGGGUGUCCCGUUGCCCACCCAGAGGCAGACGCAGCGGGGUGGCAGGGGCUGCGUGAGAGCUGCCCAGGGCCAGGGUGGGCUGGGGGGCCGUUAAGAUGUGGAGCUCUGCCCAGCCGAGGGGGGCUCCGUGGAGGCAGACGCAGCGCGUGCCCAGCUGGGGGGAGUAUGGGCAGGCCCACGGCCACGUGGUGAAGGAUGAACAUUCGGGGCACCCCGGACCUCGGGCAGCCCAGUGACGACCCCAGCAGUGGUGGCGAGCGGGAGCGGAUACGCCAGCGCAUGAAGAUGGUCAUCGGGCAGCUCGAGGGCAUCCUGCAAGAGCUCAAGGAAGUGGCCAAAGAGCUGCGGGAGGUGGUGAGCCAGAUCGACAAGCUGACCUCGGACUUCGACUUUGAGCUGGAGCCGGACGACUGGACCACGGCCACUGUGAGCAGCACCUCCAGUAGUGACAAGGCAGGCGUGGGCGGCCCCUUCGACCUUGGCCACCUGGACCUCGUGACGGCUGACAUCCUCUCGGACAGCUGGGAGUUCUGCUCCUUCCUGGACAUCUCCACCCCCUCGGACUCCCUGGACGGCCCUGAGUCCACACGGCCGGGGGCAGGUCCUGACUACCGGCUCAUGAACGGUGGCACACCCAUCCCCAACGGGCCCCGAGUGGAGACCCCGGACUCCUCCAGCGAGGAGGCCUUCGGCGCAGGCCCCACGAAGGGCCAGCUGCCCCAGCGGACCCCAGGGACGCGGGAGAGGGUGCGCUUCAGUGACAAAGUGCUCUACCAUGCUCUGUGCUGUGACGACGAGGAGGGGGACAGCGAGGGGGAAGCGGAGGAGGAGGAGGCGGGCCUGCCCCCCGAGCCUGCCCCUGCAGAGGCCCAAGCGGGCUCCCUCAAGCCCUCCCUAGCCCCCUACAAGCCAAGGCGCUCUCCACUGACCAGCGGCCGCUCAGGCCCUUCCUUGGCCACCGAACAGACCCGAAGGGUCACAAGGAACAGCAGUACCCAGACGGUGUCGGACAAGAGCACACAGACGGUGCUGCCCUACACGGCCACCAGACAGAAGGCCAGGGGCAAGAACUAGGGGCCAGGGGGGCGAGGGCGGGGCAUAGAGCUAUAAAUAUAUAUAUAUACAUAUAUAUAUAUUUAAACCAAUGCAGUCAUAAUAAAACUCCAAAAUGCUAA